UUAUUGUAUUAUUAUAUAUAUAUUUACAUUAUCAAGAGAUUAUGAUUAUAUCUCCAUCAAAGUAUUGAAAGUGCUACCCCCAAAAGCUUAUAAUUUAUGACACUAGAGGCGCCACGAGUACUUUCGACCUGCCCUCUAUCGAAUCUGCACCAUCCCUACACUCUUCACACUUCACAGUACUAUAUACCAUGCUAAUUCUACCAAGUGCUACCAAACUUCCAAUAAUAAUCAACUGAUUAAUAAUUUGAACGAAUAAUUUUUUUCUCAUUGUAAGAGAAGAGAUAAAUAAUGAAGGAACAAAUGUUUAACGAUAUUAUUCAAUCGAUAAAUUCAUUCAAGGGACUCUCCAGAGAUUGCGCGUAUAUGCUCAUUCAAAAAUACAAGAGCGUUCCGGUCAACUCUCUUCACAGCAUCUUGAGCGAGGCUGUCAAAAAUUGCAUCAAGAAUUCGAGAAAAAAACUUUAUGGCGGGAAAAACAACUACUAUAAACGUUACCGAGAGGCCAAGGAAUGUGGCCAGCCAGAGGGAAUAAUCGUUCGCAUGGCAGCUAAAGCUGGACUGCCUCCGGUGCUCCUGGCUAAAGUAGUCCUUGAAAUUUAUUGUAAAGAAUCACAGAUCAAAGGAUCGGAAAAUGCGGUGCGGCAGUUGAUGAGAGACACCACACUAAUUGAGGAUGGUCAUUUAGCAUAUGAAAUCUAUUUGUGCAUCCUCUAUGACGAUAAAUACGGAUAUAUCGCCGACUCGUUCAGCAAAUCGACCGGUUACGAAUACGAGGUGAAAUUGAAGCAUUAUCUGAUGGAACGUAAAAUUGCAUUCACCGACGAGGACCAAUUGCGGGAGAAAGGCUAUGACAAAACACCAGAUUUCAAGCUCCAAGUGCCAAUCGCUGUCGAUGGUUUCGUUAUUAAUUGGAUCGAAUCGAAAGCUCGAUUCGGUAGUGAACAAGUUCACGAUACCACUGUGAAAGAACAAUAUUUGAGCUACUGGAAUCGCUUUGGACCGGGACUCGUAAUUUAUUGGUUCGAUUUCGUUGAAACUUUGCUCCAAUCGAACGAGAAAAAAUUCAUCAUUAUGAAUGACUUUCCUCAGAAUAUAACUUUCAUGGAUUGAGCAACGUGUUAACGCGUGACACAAUUCAGCUGGAUGGGCCAGUGUAAACUAACAGCCCUACUUCUCUCUGUUCAACAAGUAUCAAUUCAUCUCGAAAGUUGAACGUAACACGAUGCCCAGGUAAUUUCUUUUUUAUUUUUUCAAUUUAUUUGAGAAAAUACAUUUUUCUUCCUGGGCCAUUGAAACCACGCUCCGAAAGAGUUGGUCAUACCUCGUGCGAAAUUGAUAAUGAGAGAAACGCGACCGGUCAAUACCGACAAAUACGAGCUGCAAAGCUCUUUUCCUUGAUGUUUACCCUGAAUGUGCACGAUGAAUGUUUCUUUUUCUUGUUUUUAAUUCAAAGUAACGUGCAACAUUGUUCGGAAUUUUUUUAACAGAAGUUGCGUUCAGUUUGUCAAUUGUUUUACCGAUCAAACAUUACAAAGCGAUAAAACAAUAAAUAAAGAAUUUGAUGGGUUUGUUCGCAACAACCCUCUAGUUUCCUAACAA